AUGUCUGCCGUUGUGUGCGGAAAGAGGUCGAACAUCUUUGAGGAUUCACCUUCGUCGCCUCCAGUCUCCAAAAGGAUCCGCUGUUCAUCUUCAUCCUCGUCCCCGAGCCAGACCUUCUCGCCGCCGUCCGCUAACUCCUUCAGUCCAGUGCUCGAUCAUCUCGCCGCACUCUUUCCCCAUAUGGAUAGUAAGUUUCUGGAGAAAGCGUUUGAGGAAGCUGGUGAUGAUUUGGAUUCUGCAAUAAAAAGGCUUAACGAAUUUCGGCUUAGUGCUGCAGCAAGUGUCUCUGAUAAUUUUCAGGAAAUUGGUGACCAAUUUUGUUCUGAAGUGGUGAACACUGGGGAAGUUCCUCAGAGAGAGGAAAAACCUGCAGAAAGCAAUCUUCCUGUUGAUGGAGCAGAGUGGGUGGAACUUUUGGUUAGAGAAGUUUUAAGUGCUCCAAAUGUGGAUGAUGCUAAGGCCCGCUUAUCACGAGCACUUGAGGCAUUGGAGAAGUCCAUUUGUGUGAAUGCUACAUCAGAGGCUGCAAAAAGUUUUCAAGAGGGAAACAUAAUGGUAAAACAGCAACUGGAAGCACUGUUGCAGGAAAAUAUUAUUUUGAAGCGGGCAGUUUCCAUACAACAUGAGAGACAUAAGGCAUUUGAAAAAAUGAGCCAGGAAUUGCAUCAGCUGAAACAGCUGGUAUCUCAAUACCAGGAGCAGAUCCGAAAUCUUGAGGUUAACAACUAUGCCCUCGCAAUGCACCUUAAGCAGGCACAACAGAGCAGCCCGUUCCCGGGACGUUUCCCUGAUGUGUUUUAG